UUGGAUGAGGCUGGCUGUGCGCUCUCUGGUGGCUGCACUUCCCAGGAAAGUUUUGUGUUCUCCUUCUUUGCUCAGACUCCUGCGUUUUCUUAUCCUUUGAAAGUGGACCGGGUAGUAGUGUUGAAUCCCACAGACAUCUGCCCGUGAGGAACAGCCGCCACCGGGUGAGGGCUCUCCUGUGUGAGGGGGGCGAAACGAGGCCACGGAUGACCGAGGGAUUGUUUAUGUAUCUUUUUGGAUCUCAUAUCUGGACUUAGGCUUGGUGCAGACUUGACAAACUCAGCACAAGUAUGAGUGGACAGCCGCCGCAAAGGCGGCCAGCAAACGCCGGCUCCAUGUUAUUAACUAAUCAAGAAAACGAGUGCUUGUUCAACCACCUCGGCAGAAAAUGCAUCUCACUCGCCUCCGCUGUGGUCCAGGUGUUCACUGCAGAGAGGAACUCCACCUGGAGCAAGAAGUGCUGUGGAGUGGCCUGUCUGGUCAAAGACAAUCCCCAACGCUCCUACUUCAUCAGAGUCUUCGACCUCAGGGAUGGAAAAGUGAUGUUUGAACAGGAGCUCUACAACGGCUUCGACCUCUCCUCCUCCAGGCCGUACUUUGUUACAUUCACUGGAGAUACAUGCCAAGUGGGUCUUAACUUUGCCAAUGAAGAGGAAGCAAAGCUGUUUCGUCGAAAUGUGUCAGACCUUGUGGGGAGAAGACAAAGGAAGACUGAGAAGAGACGUGACCCUCCAAAUGGUCCAUCUUUGCCAAUGGCCACAGUCGACAUCAAAAACCCCGAGAUCAGUGUUCCGCGUUUCCAUAACAACUCUCAGGUGAACAGCAUCGUGCCCUCACCUUUCCCCAAGAGAGAGAGGAAGCCCAAAGGCGGCAAGAAGAAGAAACUGACUAAGGCAGACAUCGGCACUCCCAGCAACUUCCAGCACAUAGGUCAUGUAGGAUGGGAUCCAAACACAGGCUUCGAUCUGAAUAAUUUGGAUCCAGAGUUGAAAAAUCUGUUUGAUUUGUGCGGCAUCUCUGAGACUGACCUGAAGGACAAAGAGACCUCCAAAGUGAUCUAUGAUUUCAUUGAGAAAAAGGGCGGAGUCGAGGCUGUCAAGAAUGAGCUGAGACGACAAGCUCCCCCUCCACCUCCUCCAUCCCGCGGCGGCCCACCUCCUCCUCCCCCUCACCACGGCUCCGCCCCUCCCCCUCCUCCUCCGGUGCGCGGCGGUCGUGGAGCUCCGCCGCCUCCACCACCCUCCAGAGCCCCUUUCAACGCUCCUCCUCCACCCCCACCUAGUCGACCGGGCAUGGGCGCACCACCACCGCCUCCUCCCAGCCGGUACCCUGCCUCCCCUCCUCCCCCCGCCCAUGCCUCUCUGCCCCUGGGCCCACCUCCUCCACCACCACCUCCUGGGCCCCCUGGUGGAGGAGGAGCGCCGCCGCCUCCUCCUCCACCCCCGCCACCUGGCCCGCCUCCGCCCGCUCCACCCGCUCUGCCCGGCAUGGACGCUAAUGGAGGAGAUGGGAAGACUGCGCUGCUCAGUCAGAUCCGAGAGGGCACGCAGCUGAAGAAGGUGGAUCAGAAGGAGCGGCCGGUAUCAGCAGUGGGAAGAGAUGCACUUCUGGACCAAAUUAGAGCGGGAAUACAGCUCAAAUCAAGGGAAGAUGCCCCAGACACUGCCCCAGCGACCCCUGCCCCCUCGGCUGGUAUCGUGGGGGCUCUGAUGGAGGUGAUGCAGAAAAGGAGCAAGGCCAUUCAUUCCUCAGAUGAGGAUGACGAUGACGAUGAAGACGAGGAUUUUGAUGAUGAGGAUGAAUGGGAAGAUUAGCCUUUUCCCCCCCGAACCUACAAAUGACACUAAACUGUCUUUGUCUAUCAAUACAAAUUUUACUUUCAAUAUUAUAAAAUGUAAAUGUUCUAUCAACUUUCUGUACAUUUUUGUUGCCUUUAUUGCUUUUUUAUUAAUCUGUGCAAUACCUCGUUCUUCUGUAAAUGUUUUUCAUUUAUUUUUCUAGUCUUGGAUUUUAACAGUGCUUUUGUUCCUCUCCCACACUGCUAGACUCCUGUUUUUGUCACCUCCAUCUGUCACUCAACUGUCACACCUUCUCUCUUACUUACUGUGCCCUAUUUUCUUAUAAAUGUGCAAUUUUGCAUCAACUUGUCUAUCAAAUCUUCAAGGUAAUUUUGUUUUGUUUUUUCUUUUUUUUUGUUUUUUACUGAUUGAGGGAUGGCCUUGCAAAAAUCCUUUAUAUCAUCACCAUUGUUCAUUAAGAGGAAAAAAACUAUUUUCAUAUCUUAUUCUCUGUAGUUUUUACUUAAUUCAAAUGAUCCUAUAGUUUAACACUUGUAUUUUCUUAAAACAAAUGGGGAAAAAUGAAAUAUUUAGCUUAAUUUGCUGUCAGCUGUAAAUUUGAGUCUAUUUUUGCACAAAUUGAAAAGAGACAUUUUCAGGACUGUACCAUUGUUGAAUUUAAACUUAUGCAUAACAAAAGGCAUUUGUAAAUUUUUCUGGUGUGGAGUCCAUCACCUGCCUCGUGUUUCUAUGGAGAUGUCAUUGCUCUGCCUGGGAUGUUCCACAGUAUGACAUUAAACAGCUCUACCUUACAUAUAUUCAAUUACAGGUGGUUUUAUAGCUCAAAAAUACCUAGAAAAAUUUGCAUUCUGAUUGUGUGAGUGGUUGAAUUCCACAGAUCUGAUCUGUAACUUGGUCUGGUUUGGUCUCCAUGAAGAUAGAAAGGUUUAAUGCAAUACCAUGUGACAUUCUAGACAAAGCAAAAGCAUUUGACAGACCUUCUACCAGAAAAGUUACACAAUGCACCUUUAACGUCACACUACAUGCAAGACUUCUGGCCCAGUGCUUUUGCUUGAUAUCUGAUAUGUUUAUAUUGGAUCAUUUAAGAAAGAAGAGAAUUCAAAUGCUUGUAAACUUUAGUUCUGUUAAUAUGCCUCUAUCAAUGUGUAAUACAAUAUGGGUUUACAAAGCAGAUGCUUCAAAAAUAUCAACUGUACAAUGUAAAAAUACUUGGAAUCCAACAGGAAUACAUGCACUUAAAUCAUACAUUUUCAGAUUUUAAAAGUUGAUUGUUGUCAUAGGAACCUAACAAUAAAAGUGAACAUAUUUUCUAGUACACUCAUUCAAAUGCAUUACUCUGAAAAUGAUUUUAAGUGGAUUUGCCUUGACUUAAUAUGGGAUCUCGUCACAUGUGACCAAAUGCUUUGUACGAUACAGGAGCAUAAACUUACUUUAAUGGAUGCAUUACUUGGUGCAAUAGGAAAAUUAUCUUGAAUUGUUGAUUAAAUUGUUUGAACCUGCUUAUUGUCAAAUGCCAUUUUAGUCUAUGGGAAGCAGGGCCUUCUUCUCAUCUGUUGGGACUCUAGGUAUCUGUCAAUACAAUGUCAUGGACUCCAGCUUUAUCAUUGUGGUUGGACAAAUACAGGUUUUACAAUGUACACUCCAAUAAAAAUAAAUGCAUUA